AUGACAUUACAACGAUUCCAUCUCGUCAGCAAUAUAAACAUUUAUAAAAGAUUAAAAGAUUUCUUAAAGACACUGACGCAGCUCAUCAUUCAUUGCUGCUCCGCUGAAAUCAGUGAGAAUCGCUAUAAAGGGAAAGGAGUGAAAAUCGUUUCGAUUGAUGCUGCCGACAGAACCCAAUACGACGAACGAGGCUUACACUCAAGUCAAGGAGCUUACAAUUAUGGAGCUGAGAUUGGAAAGAACGCGCAAUUUAAUCAUCAAACACGCGGACCCGAUGGCAUCACUUACGGAUGCUUUGGAUAUGUUGGCGAUGAUGGCAAACCACAAAUGGAACAUUACAUAGCAGACGCGCGCGGUUUUCGAUUAGUCACAUCAACCGACUUAGUCGAAGUCUUUCCAAUCGCUACCAAAUCUAAACCAUUCAACCCGAAGAAUGGCAAGCAGUCGAGAGGAAAAUUCACACACUUCAAGGAUUUAUAUUUUCCCGAAGGCUGCGGAAGUUUAGAUUUUGAUUUAUCACAUAAAGAUUUGAUUUCAAAAGACAUUUCGCCAUCUGCACGAAGCUUCCGAAGUAAACUCAGCUCAUCAGAUGCAGAAAGUGAAGAUUAUUUCAUUCCAGCAGCACAAAAUGUCAACGAACAGUUUGCACUUCCCCCAAGAUCAUUCGCUGACAAUAGACGGUCAGGAAACAAGAACGAUGGAUUUUACUAUCCUGACUUUAGUGGACGUUACAUCCAUGAUAACCGUGGUCAAUACAUUCAUGACAAUCGAGGAUUGUAUGUUCACAUUCCCGGACCUGACGGGCCACCAGCACUGCCAUAUAUUCACGUCGUCGGACCAAACGGUCCCGAUGGUCCCAGCGGAGGGUUCGGACCGCCCGGACCUAAAGGACCCCCAGGACCGCCAGGACCACCCGGACCCCCUGGCCCACCUGGCCCUGAUGGCCGUUACCGACCAGGACCCCCAGGACCGCCAGGACCGCCA